AUGCACGCAAUUAGCGAAUAUACACUCAUUUGCAAACUAAUGUGGUUUCUUUUCGAGAGACUCACCUGGAACCCAGCUGAAUCUCUCGGUUGUGAUGUUUCCAGGCAAAUGAAUGCGCUGCACCAGGCCACCUCAUGUUUCAGUCACUACGAUAUCCGAGAUAUCGCGAUACUACUCAUAAGGUUGCCGAAAAUCCGUCGACAGCCCAUGACCGGUCUCGCCCUUUUUGGGGCUCAUCAGGCGCAAUCCCCGGGUUUCCGUCAACCUUAUGCUCUACUUGAAACCAAAUUGCACGAAAUGAGCGAAUAUACACUCAUUUGCAAACUAAUGUGGUUUCUUUUCGAGAGACUCACCUGGAACCCAGCUGAAUCUCUCGGUUGUGAUGUUUCCAGGCAAAUGAAUGCGCUGCACCAGGCCACCUCAUGUUUCAGUCACUACGAUAUCCGAGAUAUCGCGAUACUACUCAUAAGGUUGCCGAAAAUCCGUCGACAGCCCAUGACCGGUCUCGCCCUUUUUGGGGCUCAUCAGCUCACUAUCGGUUUCGCCCUUCUUGGGACUCAUCAGAUAGGCGCUACCACAGAGGUUCCGUCAACCUUAUGUUCUACUUCAACUCAAAUUGAACUGAUUUCAACAAAUACACUCAUUUACCUAUCCACCGGGUUUUCACGAAAGACUCAACUGAAUCUUACUAACUUCCGAAAUAGCCGAAGUCGUCUAGCCACUUGGUGUCCUCCAACAACAAGCCGGCCACAAACUCAAAUCGACCACAUUGCCAUCAGUUACCGAUGGCGCGGGUCCAUAACUGACUGCCGGUCGUUUUGGAACACAUUUGUGGACUCUGACCACGCGCUCGUCCGGAGUCGCUUCGCCCUACCUCAAGACCGGUUUCGCCCUUCCGUUUCGGGCUCAUCAGAUAGGCGCAGUCCCCGAGCUUCCGUCAACCCCAUGAUCUACUUGAACCCAAAUUGCACUGUUUUCGAGAAAUACACUCAUUUGCAAAUCAAUUUGGUUUUCACGACAGACUCAACUGAAUCUCUCGUUUAUGAUAUUCUACAACUGAAUGUGAUGCACACAGGCCGCCUCAUGAUUCAGUUGGCACGAUAUUCGAGAUAUCCCAGUAUAUUUUCAUAA